GUAAUUUACCUGCAGCAGGUGUGCGCUAUCAGAAUCCCUCUCGGUGCUGUGUCGAACAGGUUUUGCUGCUGAAAAACCAAAUUGGAGGCAAUGAUGGCAGCAGGAAAGGGAAGCCCGACUAUUAUGGGCAUUUUGGCUUUUGGAAAUGUGAUUAUUGCACUUUGUGGCAUAACACUGUUUGCUGUAACAAUAUGGGUCACCACCGAUGGGUACGAUCUCUAUCCUAUCAUGGGUGUAUCUGGAAAGGAUGACGUCUUCGCUGGAGCCUGGAUUGCCAUUUUCACUGGAUUUGCUUUCUUCUGCACAGCAAUCUAUGGGAUUUUUGCCGUCCUUAAGCAAAGCCGCAGCAUGAUGCUACUGUAUCUGGUAUUGAUGGUGAUCAUCUACAUCUUUGAGAGUGCUUCUGCUAUCACUUCGUACACCCACAGAGAUUAUCUGGUCGCCAACAGUGACUUCGUUAAGAAGCAAAUGCUGCAGUAUUACGCGGAAGACAGUGAUCCUGGCCGUCAGAUCACCACUGUGUGGAAUCGACUCAUGCUUGACCUUAAUUGCUGUGGUACGGACAGUGCUCUUGACUGGACAGAUUAUACCUCAACCUUCAAGAACAAAUUCAGAGAUUCCUACCCCUGGCCUCUGAACUGCUGCAAACGCAAGAGCAAUUAUGAAGUGAUCAGCCUGGAUGCCUGCAAGAUUGGAAACCUGGACUACAUGAAUGGAAACGGUUGCUUUCCUCACAUCGACUCAGUGUUUUCUAGGUACGCCUGGGCUGUUUCCUGGUUUGGCUUUGCUAUACUCAUGUUUACGGCUCUGGUGCUGCUAUUGGCUAUGGUGUACUAUGUUAAGCUCUAGGACCCAUGACCUCAAUCUGCUCCAGUCCAUUCCAGUCCAAGAUUUUGUAAAUAAACAGCAAGAAUGGCUUUUUUUUUUUUUUUUUUUUUUUGAUUACUUGAAGGAUUCAGAUUUUUUUUCCCUGCCAAAAUAUUAUCCAGGAAUUUUUAUUCCCUCAAACAUAAAGAUAAUAAUUUUAAUGCCAUUUCUGGAAGUUUAUUGCGAAGUCGAUUUCCUUCCCAACCCAGACAUCUUCCCCCUUCCUCGUUUCCACAAUUGUUUACCUUUUUUUUUUUUUUUUUGUGUUUUAAAAGCUGUUCACACACAAACCUUUUCACUGUGCAGGAUACCUCCUAGUCACAAACUAUUGCGUCGAGCAAGACACAAUAUCGGGUUAUGCAUGAACUUUUGGAUUGCCAAUAUUGGAUAGGUUAAAGACCAAAGGGGUGACUAUAUUGAAUGUUGUAAAGUUUAUACACAAUGAAUUACUGUUUUCUUACUGUACAGGUAUUUUAGCCCUGUUUCACUAGCUGCUGGUUUAACUCUACUCUUGCACUAUUUAAUGUAAAUUUAGGUAAGAUAGUCCAAGACUAGUGCUAGUAGGGGUCUGUGAAAUCAACAGUUUUAAAUCUGCAGUUUUAGUGUGCUUUGCAAAUUGCUAGCAGGGAAAAGUUUCGUAAUCAGCGCUACACAAGAGAUCAGGCUUUUGCCUUUUUUUCUUUUCUGAAAGCAUAUGAAGUCAUGUAACCAUUUUUGGUGAAAAUGUUGUGCUGUUUAAUCCUAACCCUGCAAAAUGUGCUUAGUGUUAAUUUGAAACUUGAUGAGAUGGAGACUGAUAUUUGUUUAUUCAAUGAAAUCCAAUGUAGUCAUUUUGCAUAUGACAUCAUGCUCUCUUACUUCAUGCGAACCAAAACUACUGUACCACUUAUUGUAAUUGUAUGCUGUAAUUCAUUAAUAAAAGUACUUGAGACUUAACUGGUCCUACUCUUUUGUUCAGUCAGGAAAUAA